AUGGCAGACCACGACGAAAGCCUUCCAGAUGCCCCGGAAUACGCCACCUCCAAUAUCGCCGGUUCCGAACCCUCGGACGACGAUGAACCGUUAGACCUCACUCACGAGAACAAUGCCAAGAUUAUCAUGCUAGGCACUGCAACAGAUGAUGAUUCUUGCGCAUCGUUCCAAUUCGAGAAUGAAGACCAUACACUGGGAAAUGCAUUACGGUGGAUUAUCAUGAAGAAUCCUCAAGUUGAAUUCUGCGGAUACUCGAUACCACAUCCUUCGGAAACGAAGAUGAAUAUGCGGAUACAGACAUACGGUGAGAUCACCGCGAAGGACGCUUUGAUUAAAGGCCUAGCGGACCUACGAGACCUCUGCGACGUCGUUACCGAUAAGUUCAUAGCCGAGAAGGAACGUUUCGUGGCGGAGAAGGGGAAUUAG